AUGUCUUGGUUUAGAAAUAGAUACCUUUCUCCGUGGAAGCCAGUUAACUCUUUGGACUCUAGGUUAUGGAAGAAAAUUCAUUCGGUGGCUCUUUUGGUUAAAAGCAACUUUACUUUUCAGAUCUCUCGUGGCUGCAAUUUUUCCAUGAAUUGGGAUCCCUGGUGCAAUGGAAAUUCUCUUAUGGAUUUUCUUCCCUCUUAUAAAUUUGAGAAAAAAUUUGUGAAUUGUUAUACUAAUAGCUCUGGCUGGGCUCUACCUUCCUCUACCCCGCUUGCUCUGCGUUUUGAACUUUCUGGAAUUAAUUUUGCAGAGCAACCGGCUACGGCCUGGGACGGCUCUGUUUCCCCUACCUUUGCAACUUUUUAUCUUAGUUAUUUUAAGCAUCUGGUAGAAGUUAAUUGGCAUUCUUUUCUUUGGCAUAAGAGAUAUUCUUUGAGGUAUUCAGCUUAUGCUUGGAUGGCGGUACUUGGUAAGCUUAAAACGGUUGAUCAACUGAGGCUAAGGGGUAUCGACAUUCCUGCUGUUUGCUAUUUUUGUGAUUCUGGCAAUGAAUGUCACUCUCACCUUUUUUUUGGUUGUGACUACUCUUUCACUGUCAUUUGCACUCUUCUUCCGGAGCUGGGUGCUUUUCUUAUGAGGCCUAACCUGAUGCAAACUUAUGAUUAUUUUGGAAGCUCUUCCCAUCUUCCUAACUGGGAAAAAUAUCUCUGUUUUUUGGUGAUAAACUGCACCAUUUAUUUUGUUUGGAGGGAAAGGAACACUAGAAGAUUUGAUAAUGUGUGGAAAAGCCCAAUUGAGAUUGUUGCUUACAUUCGACAUGCUCUUCUUGCCAAAGUUAAAAACUGGAAGAACUUCAAUGACCUUAAAGGCCGUUUUGAGCUAGAUUCUCAACUAAAUUUUACAAGUUACAGAUCGGUUUGGUGA